AUGGCAGACAUACAACCGUUUCAUAACCUACUUAUACAUGGCAAGAAAACAGUAACUGCCAUCCUCCAAGAUCUACCACAUUAUACAUCAUAUAAUGGUUUCAUGAUUCGUAAGGCAUAUGAACGCAUGAAUCCCGCCUACGAUUCGGAAUCAGAUUUGAGGAAAAUAUUUUCUUUGGGCCUUAUGCUUGAAAGCGAAACGUUUACAGAAGUUCGAGAUGAUCAUGUCCGCGGAUGCCUCCGAAUCAUGGGACAACUGUCCAGAAAAGGCGUUAGAAAACCGCCAAACGUGAUGCCAUUGGGAGUUGAGAAGGAGUUGGCAGCACUGCUGAUUCGAUGGAUUGGUGAAUCCCCUUCGGCGUUAGCUAUACAAAUGGGAAAAUAUGCAGCGUACACAGUUCUGCAUAAUGCGCCGGUGCCUCCCCACAUUGUUAACCAGGGAAACGUCUACAUGAUGUUCAUUGAGGGCCAUAUUUUUUCCUUGGGUACUAGUUCAGUCCAAGCAGUAGAUACAUUUGUAAAAAUUUUCAGUGUUUUUAACUACAAGGUACCAGCUACAUUGAUAAAGCUGACUGAAUUAGUUGAAAUACUUAGCUAUAAAGUAAAAAUGAGCAGUUCACGACUCUCAGUUAAUAAACUUUGUAAUCAAAUGCGUGAGACGAUUGAUGCUAAUUAA